AAAUGAGCGAGGCGCGCCGGACGGGUGACAGGUGACGGGCGACGGGCGGUGUUCCGCGGAGCGUGACGGGUGACAAGCGGUGCGUAGUGUGUAUUGGUGACAUUAUUAGAGUGACAAACGGUGGAAGAACGAACGGCGGACGGACCGCGAUGAUGUUUGACAGCGGUAGCGACCGACGCUAACAAUAAGUGACGCAUCUCCGGCAAUCUCCGGCUGCGAAGAAGAAGCACGCGAGAGCAAUCGAUCGGCGAGAAAUGCGGUCGAGAAGAGUCUCGUAAUACAAAUAACGCUUCACCAGGGAAUCGCGCGCGCUCGCUCGCUCGUCUUAUUAUGGCAGAAUGGAUGAACGCAAAUUGUUGCCGUUGCUGAUACUCUUCCUGGCAAGAUGGCAGGAUAUAGGGGCCGUGGUACCGAUGCGGCACAUUGCCGUGGACGUGGGUAGAGACCUGCAGCUGGCUUGCGCCGACGAAAGCAUUCUUUCGCAUUCCGAAGAAUCGAAUGCGAGAGUGAUGUGGAUAAGAGAAGGACGAGAGGAUGGACAGAUUGAACGGCUGAAGGUCGAGCCAAAUGGCGUGCUGAAGCUAUUGAACGUCAGCGUGGAUGAUGCUGGCAAUUAUUCGUGCACCCUGGACGACGAUCGCGAUGCUGUGAAAGCCAGAAUCAACGUGGAAGUUAGAACACCUCCUCCAGCCCUGCACAAUGUGUGGGUCAAGCCAUCCACGAUAUUGGCUAACAUUCUAUGGGAAGUGGCUGGUACUGGCGGUUACCCUAUCAUAGACUUCACUGCCGAAUAUCGUUUGAAGCCAGUUGCAGGCGAAGAACCGGAAGAGUGGAAGCCCAUUAUUCCAACACACAUUCCUCCAAAUUCUAGACAAAUCGACGUGUAUCAUUUGGUGCCAAACACUACAUACUCAUUUCGAGUGUGGGCAACCAAUCAGUUGGGAAGAGGAGAGAUUGUGGAGGUCGAGGGUCAUACGCAUCACAGCGUAGAAGAAUUGGAACUCGCCCGACAUCUUUUAGCCGGCGUAGAGAAUUUUGAUACGCGUGUCUGGGUGGCAGCCGUAGGUAUUGUGAUGGGCACACUUAUGAUUCUUGGUUUAGGUACUUGUUACCUACUGUAUCGCGAGUGCAAGGCACCCUGUAAGCAUUUCCUAUCUGCGCAGCUGGAGGAGCAGGAGGUGAUUGAACUCGUUCCCAACAUCAUUCUGAAUCCGGGAUUUUUCGACGAGCGCACCGAGCACGUACCGCAAGAUGAGAACUUCAACAAUCAGACGACCACCCGCCUCAAUAACAACAGCGUUGUGCAACCUAGACGGCUUUAGCGUCGUUUUUCGUUUAGCUUAGACUCGCUCCGCUCUAAAGUAAGUAAAUUGGAUGCAGUUUUUCACGUCGUUUCGAACAUAAGCAACCGAAUUUAUCGGAAAGGCCUCGAGUUUGUUUAAAAAAAAAAAAAACAAGAAAAAAAGAAAAAAUAAUGAUCGACGAAGUCGAUACACUAAGAUGCAAGACUAUUUAGCGAUUUAACGGCGAAAGGAGAAUAUGCUGGGAAUUUCGGGUUAUUUCGAGUUCAUCGAUAGCAUCGAGUGUCCCACUAGUUUUCUCGAUCUUCCCGUUACAAUCAGAGAUCGAACGAAAGAACCGGGUUUUUUCUAAAAGGGUUUUCGUAGAGUUUUUGCAAUGCGAUUUUAAGAAUUCUUCUAAGAUAUUCGCAGAAAAUCAUCGUUAUUCUUGAAAAAUGAAGGAUGAAAUUUAAGUAAAUAAGAUUUUUAUAUACAGUGAUGAAAAAAAGUGUAAUUUAGAUCGAUUAUAAAGCUCAUUUUCGAGAACCGGGAGAUAUAUCUUCCUUGCAAAAUAAAUAUUAUGAUUUUAGAUUUAUAGAAACGAAAAAUUUAUUGUGCCGAAACGGAAGAAAUUGAAAAAAAAAUUUUAUUAUUGUUCGAUCCCUGAUGUACGACGCCCAACAAUGAAGUGUUCAAAACCCAGAGUAAGACUUCACAUCAGAUUUCUUUGCGAGAUGAGAUAAUAGAUUUUUUGGAGAUGUUUACUACAGGACGUUCUCUGUCUCUGUCUCUUUCUCUUUCUCUUUUUCUCGCAUAGUUUCUCGACGAGAUAAUGAUUGCUCAUAGUGAUCGAGCUUAAAAGAAGUGGAACUCCUGUGAGCCAAAAGAAUCGUAGUAAGACUGUAACCCUCUAAGGGGGUAUAUAAUUUAAAACAACUCGAAAAGAGAAUCACAAAUCAUAAUAAUCGAUAUUAUCAAAAAAAGAAAGAUAUAUUUUACAAUUGUUUUUACUUUUUCGAAAAUCAUCGCAAUGAGUGAAUAGCACACAUGUGUGAGUAUUAAGAUUUUUUUUUAAUGCUCAUUUAUCGUUUAAGCAAUCGAAUCGUACAUACGGUAUGUAUGAUAUGACAAAUUUACUGCCGUUUUAAGGUGUGCACAAGUCGUUGAAAGUUCCUUUCUAGGAAUCUCCGUGAAAAAUCUCUUCUUUUUUUUGUUUUAUUUAUUAUAAAUAUAUGUGUAGAUAUAUCUCACAUUUUUUUGUCUUUGUAAAUAUGUGCUCGUUAUGUGCUCUCUGUGGAAAAAUCUCGAGAAUUGGAGGGAUAUGGAAGAAUAUCCGUUUUAAUAUCGUAGUAAUAGUAUACAUUGAGAUAUCGUUUAUAUGUUAGAUUUUAUCGAUAUUUUUCACAGUUAGUCUUGAUGCGAUUAUUCGAGGAAUGCGAAUAAUAUUGCUUUGGCACACCUUCGGCACAAACUUGCCUCUGCAUCACUUUAAUAGCUACACUUUAAUAACUACAACUGUGUCUACGACUUACUGGCUAACGCGUUUUGAUUCGCAAAAAUCAAAUUUUCCUAAACAGCGACUAAAAA